GACGUAUCCCUACAAGCAGAUUCCGGACAUUGCUCUUGGUGCUGAAAGCGCUUCACAGAGAAAUUUUUUUGUAGGAGUUCGAGCUACACCAGCUUGCAACAAAGGUCUGCCUCUGGGGCCAGCUCCAUGAUCCCUCAACACUCGUCGAUUACCACAAUACUAUAUUGAAGAGAACCCUUGAUUAAGGAUUGAGGAUUGCCUCUUUGAGACCUGUCUCAAGAUAAACAAGGAGCUAGCCAUCACUGUCAGCUUCAGAGCUCAAUCAUCGGAAAGGCUUCUGGUACUCAUUGUGAAACACCGAAGCACACCGGAGCUGGAAGAGCUGGGAACUGGAAACUCAAGUACAUGAAGUUCUGAUAAUUUGAUUACAGUGCACCUACCCACAGCGUGAAAUUAGAAGUAGCCUGUAGUGAGGGCACCUUCCUCUAGCAGUGAUUUGUGGCCCAUUUUCAUUGUAUGUUUCGUAAAUGUGCGGUGUUCCCCUUCACCGCUGGCAGUGGAAGUGGCCGGUCGCAUGUUCUGAGGUGAAGGUUUCCCAGCAGAAAUAGUAAAAAUUUGUGGAACCUUGGAUAUCACAUGAGGCAUGACCGUUGCAGAUAAGAGGUUAGAGGUGGGCAGAUUAGAGGCCAGAGGUGGACGCUGAUCCACUACACAUUUUGUAAUGAAGCCUCUGAAGGGCAUGACUCCUGACGAGGAACUGCUCGAUCUCCAGAAGAAGUAUCACCUGCUAGAGGGCGACCGGAAGGCGUACUACGAGACGUCGCAAUGGACAAUCAAGCAGAACCGGGACACUCUGGCAACGGCCAAGAAGGAGAACAAGGACCUGCGUGCCCAGCUGGCGGCCAUCCAGGCGGGGAACAGCGCGCGGGGCACGAGCGCAGGAAAGGAGACGGCGCGGCAGGAGAUGCGCAAGCUGACGGAGCAGGUGGCGGAGCUGCGCAAGAAGUAUGACGACACGCGGCAAAGGUGCCUACGGAUACAGGCGCAGGUGGACAAACAAGAAGCGGACACCAAAGCCCUGGAGAUCGACGCAGGGGUGUACGGGGCAGACACGGACCCGUCCGUGCAGCAGCACAUUCGCAUCUUGGAAAACCGAUUAGACAAGGCGCUCAUCAAGUUCAACGAGGCGCAGUCCAUCAAGCGGACGUACGAGCAGAUUGUGCGGCGGCUGCGCGAGGAGCGCAUCACCUUUGACAACCAGUUGGCGGCAAUUGGGCGCACGCUGAAGGCUAAGGAGCACGACCUGGACGACUUGAUUCUGAUGUCGCACGAGGCCAACCACGCCAAGGAAAUAGCCAAGGCCGACCUCGCCAGGGUGGACGGCGCGAUCCAUCACGAGCGCGGGGCGCGCGAGCGCGAGCUGGCGGACCGGCGCGCAUACGUACUGGCGCUGCAGAACCGGGCCAAGCUGGAGCUGUCGUCGCGCAUGGAGAUGCGCGAUAAGAACAGGAAAGAUCUCCAGACAGAGAUGCUGGACGAGGCGGCGUCGGGCGACGCGCGCACGCCGGGCGACGGCAAGGGCGAGGGCGGCGAGGCGCGGAGCGCGGCCGCGCUGGACGAGGUGCAGAAGAAGAUAACGUCGUACGAGGAGGCGUUCCGCAAGAUUAAGGAGGCCACCGGGCUGACGGACGUGAAUGAGGUCAUCCAAAAGUUCAUGACGCAGGAGGAGACGGCCAAUAACCUGAAGCACCUCACGCGCGAGACGCAGGGCAAAAUCGACGCGCUCAACGAGGAGACCGCGGCAGCCAAGGCCAAGGUCGAGGAGGUGAAGUACUCCGGUUCGGGCGUGGGUGGCGGACGGCGGCUGGUGGACGAGUUUGAGGCGCGGCUCGCGGACGCGAAUGCCAACUGCGAGCGCGCGCAGAAGAAGUACGAGCGCGUGGCCAAGAUCCUGGUGAACAUGAAGGCCGGCACGCAGCACGUGGCGGACAAGCUGGAAGUCAUCAAGACGGACCAGGCACGUGACUUUGCCGCAGAGUGUUUUCCGGGCCAGGCGCAGCUGACGGACGAGAGCAUCGCGGACGUCCUGCAGCAGUGCGAGCAGCGGCUCAUCCGGACGCUGGACAGCUUCGCGGGCGACGACGAGCUGGCACGUGCCGUCGAGGAAGUGGAGAUGGCCCGCAGCACCCCGUCGGGGGGGGACUCUAGUGACGGCGCCCUGGACCAGCGGAUGCAGAACAACGUCCGGAUCGGUGUGAAUGCGCACGUGACAGGGGAUGAGGAGAGCGACGGCUACUUCACCGAUGAUGAGGAGGAUGAGCGGGACGUCCCAGACCGGUUGUUCGUCAAAGCAGCGUCGCUGCAGAUGAUGCAAAAGGCGGCGCAGCGCUUCAAAAAGAAGAUGGGCCGAUUCACGUCCAUGGCAGGGCGACACAGCCCGAGCGAUCACGGCCUCGGCUCUGAGUCACCGCUGUCCACCUUGUCGCCCAACUGGGGCUCUAGCACGCCCCCGCCCGUCAAGGGCAAGGUCAGCCAGGGCAAAAAGGCCGACCCGGAAUAA